GAAAUGGGUGGAUCGCUUGAACACAGGAGGUCGAGGCUGCAGUGAGCCGAGAUCGUGCCACUGCACACUAGCCUGGGCGGCGGGAGUGAGACCGUGUCUCAAAAACAACAACAACAAAAAACAAACAAAAAAUGGACCGAGGUUGGGGUGGUGAGGUUGGGGUGGCGAGGCUGGGCUGGAAUGGAGGCUGAGGCCAGGCCCUGGCAGCGCCCAGCGGGUAGAAGGCAUGCAGCAGGAACCAAGGGCCACCCUCAGGGAUGGGGGACUGGGCCUGACAGCUGCCGAGGGGGAGGGCAGGAUGCAUAUGGAGAGCCACGUGGGGCUGCAGCUGAGCCAAGGAUCGCGAGAGGAAUCCUGCUGCUCUGGGUGGCAGGCAGAAGGCCUGGGCCACAGGUGGGGCCUGCUGGGGAGACCACAGGUGAGGCAGGUAUGGCUGACCCUGGGUGCUCUGCACACCGGUACUCCUCCUGCCUGGCUGCUCCCUCAGCAGGUGUCAGAGUCUGAGUCACCUUCUCCUCACGUGACCCCCACCAGGACCAGGCAGGGAGGUGGCCAUCUUUGGCCCUGACUCAGCCCUGCAGGGAGAAGAGGGGCUGGAGCUGCAGGUGGCCUGCCACUGGCUCCCCCAACCCCUGCCCACCUGGGUCCUGUGUUGUGUGUACUUCUGCUGUGUCUGUCCUCCCUUUUGACCAGCUUCUACUGGACCUGGUUGUCCAGCCAUGAUCUUCUGAUCAUCGUGGUUUCUGGACACACAUCUGUUGGACUGAGGAAUUUGUGUUCCUGGCCACAGAACAGUGGCAACCUCUGCCUCAAGCAGUUCCUGGUUUGGGCACUCCCCAGGGGAGGCCGGAGAGGACCGAGCCGUCUCCUGUGCAGAAAGUCAGCCCCGCUGGGCAGUGCUCGCCCAGGAAGUAGGGCCCCACCCAAUGGUGUGCUGACUGUGGAACACUGUGUCUGCCCAGGCGGGUCUGGCCACAUUCCUGCAGCAUGAUGGUUGGCAGUUAGCUUCCCGGAGCGUGGACAGGUCCUUCCCUGCCUAACUGACUUGUCCACAGGGCAGCAAGAAGAUGCGUCCCUUGGUGUGUCCUGAGUAUCUCCUGUAGGCAGCUGAGCUUUCGCAGGUCUGGCUGGGAGCCAAGGUUACCAAUUUAGGGGGUAACCCAGCCAUCAUCUGGAUGAGCGUUGGGGUCUUUCUGCUCUGGAUUGCAGGGCAGACGUCGUUUUGUGCUGGUCAGGCCCCUCGCCAGCCUGAUUCCCUCGGAGACCCCCAAGACAGGAGAUAGGCAGGAGGUGUCCUCUGAAGUGGCAUGGGCUGCUUGCUCACUGGCCUUCCCAGGACCCUGCCCAGGUGGCGCUGCUUGGCCCCAGGUCGAAUUCCUGUGCUGGCAGCAAGCAGGGGCCUGGGCCGUGGGCUGGCUAGGGCUCAUGCAGCCUUCCCCUUUGCAGCCAUCCGGGUGACCUGCACAGGCUCCUGCGGGGUCUCCAACAAGGCUAAUGACACAGCGUGGGUAGUGGAGGAGGGUUACUUCAACAGUUCCCUGUCGCUGGCAGACAAGGGGAGCCUGCCCGCUGGAGAGCACAGCUUCCCCUUCCAGUUCCUGCUUCCUGCCACAGCACCCACGUCCUUUGAGGGUCCUUUUGGGAAGAUCGUGCACCAGGUGAGGGCCGCCAUCCACACGCCACGGUUUUCCAAGGAUCACAAGUGCAGCCUCGUGUUCUAUAUCUUGAGCCCCUUGAACCUGAACAGCAUCCCAGACAUUGAGCAACCCAAUGUGGCCUCUGCCACCAAGAAGUUCUCCUACAAGCUGGUGAAGACAGGCAGCGUGGUCCUCACAGCCAGCACUGAUCUCCGCGGCUAUGUGGUGGGGCAGGCACUGCAGCUGCAUGCCGACAUUGAGAACCAGUCAGGCAAAGACACCAGCCCUGUGGUGGCCAGUCUGCUGCAGGUCAGAGCCCCCGCCAGUUGCCUGGACCGGCCUCCUGGGGUGGGCUGGCAGCCUGCGCAGGCUCACAGGCUGGUCCUUCCCCAGAAAGUAUCCUAUAAGGCCAAGCGCUGGAUCCACGACGUACGGACCAUUGCGGAGGUGGAGGGUGCGGGCGUCAAGGCCUGGCGGCGGGCGCAGUGGCACGAGCAGAUCCUGGUGCCUGCCUUGCCCCAGUCGGCCCUGCCGGGCUGCAGCCUCAUCCACAUCGACUACUACUUACAGGUCUCUCUGAAGGCGCCGGAAGCUACUGUGACCCUCCCGGUCUUCAUUGGCAAUAUUGCUGUGAACCAUGCCCCAUUGAGCCCCCGGCCAGGCCUGGGGCUGCCUCCUGGGGCCCCACCCCUGGUGGUGCCUUCCGCACCACCCCAGGAGGAGGCUGAGGCUGCGGCUGGCAGCCCCCACUUCUUGGACCCCGUCUUCCUCUCCACUAAGAGCCAUUCGCAGCAGCAGCCCCUGCUGGCCACCUGGAGUUCUGUGCCUGGUGCCCCCGAGCCCUGUCCUCAGGAUGGCAGCCCUGCCUCACACCCGCUGCGCCCUCCCUUGUGCAUUUCAACAGGUGCCACUGUCCCCUACUUUGCAGAGGGCUCCGGGGAGCCAGUGCCCACCACCAGCACCUUGAUUCUUCCUCCAGAGUACAGCUCUUGGGGCUACCCCUAUGAGGCCCCACCGUCUUAUGAGCAGAGCUGCGGCGGCGUGGACCCCAGCCUGACCCCUGAGAGCUGACCCCGUGCUGCCUUCUCCAGGCAGGCCUGGCCUCUGCCCUGGGACUGGGGCAUCCAGGGCCUCGUGCCUUCUCUCUCGGCCUGGCCUGGCCCAUUCAGGACCUGCCCAGCCUCUGCCAGCUCCUCUGGCAUCUGCCCUCUUCUCCCUGGGGCUGGGGUGGGGGUGGCAGGGAGCUGGGACCUGGAGAGACGACUCCUGUAAAUAAAACACUUUAUUUGUA